UUACGAGUGAAGAGGCACAGACAGAAGCAUUUUGCAUACGAUCAAUAAGGUUUUUCAGUUUGCACAGUUGGUAUUCUCAGCAUUCUUGGUGUGAUUUGUGACUGUUCGAGAAUGGCAACAUGGCAAGUGCGUAUGGCGACAGCGGACGAUGUUCCAGAAAUUUUGCGAAUGAUAACGGACUUAGCUGUAUUUGAGAAGCAACCAGAAUCAAGAGUUAAACCUACUGAGGAAGAAAUGCAGAGAGAUGGAUUUGGAGAAACACCAUGGUUCAGCUGUCUGAUAGCAGAAGAGGUGAACCCCAGUGAAGAAAAAAACUGCAGCUUACCAAGGAAAAAGGCUGUUGGUUAUGCAUUAUUUUUCAACAUUUAUUCCACCUGGGAAGGCCGAUCUCUCUAUUUGGAAGACCUUUAUGUCGACUCAGCUUUUAGAGGAAUAGGAAUUGGAAAAGAGAUGUUGAGAAGAGUGGCUAAAAUUGCUGUUGAGAAGGGUUGUGCUAGGGUUGACUGGAGUGUUCUUUACUGGAACAAAAUUGCAAGAGAUUUCUAUGACAAGCUCGGAGCAGUGUGCUUAGAUGAAUGGCGUCUGUAUCGCCUAACUGGACAAAGUUUGCUGGAUUUUGCUGGGAAGGAACUUUUGUAGUACAACUAUACCAGUAGGCUUGUAAAAUUCUCUGGUGGUAGAUUCUGAAUUAUUAUGAGUGAACACUGAAGAAUCAAUCAACUACAUACAAAAAGCUGUUUCCUUCUGGACCAUUGAAGAUUUAAUGACACAAAGACUACUGGUUACACUAACAAGAUUAACAAAUUUGGAUCAAUGACAGUUUCUGAGCAACUGAGUACCUACCCCUCCCUUAACCAAACAUUAACCCUAAGUUGUUAUCAGUUGACUGUCAUUGGGUUAGGGGAGGGGUAGGUGGGCAGUUGCUCAGAAUCAUCAUCAGUCAGCAAGGGGGGCCUUGGGAGAGGA